AUGUACAACAGUUCAACUGGUGAGGUGUUGUUGCGCCCCAAUAAACAAGUUAUCCCGAUGCCACCCCCUCCCGCAGGAUUCCAUUCUUCUCCAACCAUGAUGUCGAGUGGCAAUGGCAAUGGCAAUGGCAAUGGCAACGGCAAUGGCAACGGCAAUGGCAACAAUAGUAUCGAUCAAACUAGCAUUAACAUACAUAGUAAUUCAAUAGAAAUGGAGCAUCUUUACAAUAACAAUUCAACAUCAUCCAGUGUAUCGGCUAUACCCAUCAUUGGACUACACGGUACAAUCAACAGUAGUAUAGACAGCAACAUUAGCAACAAUAGCAACAACAGCAGUAUUAGCAGCAGUAUGAUGAGAUACAGUCUGUCGUCGGACGAUGCCGAGAAGCAGAACCUGUUGUUGGAUGGCGCCACAAACGACCCCCUGCCAAUCUACUUCCACGCCAACCAAUUCCUGCAGUACUCCCAACUGCUACAGGGUACCGACCCACUAUCCACUGCACUGAUCGUCGCCACACUGACCAUUGGAGCAUUGGAAUACUAUGAGGCAACAGUCCUCUUUGUUCUAUUUAACUUUACAAUACUAUUUGGUCGACAUCUUAUUUUACUUGAACUAGAUCUUGGAUCAUAUGUAAAGAAGAAGUUAUAUACACAGAGUUGCUACAAGAGUUUGUUAAAGGUCAGCUUCUGGUAUGGAAAGUUUGCAAGACUACGUGACAUUGUUGUUCUGUUAUUGGUAGUGAUUGGUGGACGACUACUAUGGCUGUCCUACACCAGCAGUCUAGGCCAACCCAACUGGAAGUUCUACGACAUGUUCCUCGUAUCAUGUAUCGCACUUAUACUAUCAUUCUUCCAACUGUUUGCCUAUAUCCAAUGUUUGAGAAGCGUGCAGUUGCCAGCGGCCACCGAGCAGCGUCUACUCAAACUGAACAAGAGCAAACAAUUGCCGGCGCGUAUGAUGAUUGGUAGCAUACUACUUGAGCGCAAGUAUAGUGCAGGCUUGUGUGCCGAGUUUGCCAAAGAUCUCAACAUCCAUGUCGUGUGGAUGAAGCGUCGGGUCUUCCGACCGAUCAAACAGAUACCUCAUCCCUACGAGAACAUAAUCUACAAGACCGACCAAAUACCCUUUGAGUAUCCCUUCUCUCAUAAAUAA